CACGCAUAAAUAUCAUUUAAAUAUCCGCUAUGUACCGUGUUCCCCUUAGUAUGAGAAUUUGUUAAUGUAUGUCUGUUCAUGCAUGUAAAUGAAAUGUAUAUUUGUACACACACGCACUUGGAUUAAUUCUGCUGGCAUUUGUAGUAAAUUUCAACGACAAUAUCUCACACUUCUCUAGGCCAAUAGACCUAAUUCAACAACUCUAUGUUGAACGACUAAACCAGCAAUAGGCACAGUAAUGCGGCUACAGGCAAGUACACUAGCACACAGUAGGAGACUCACAAACGGUGGAUGGAUGAAUAAACUAUUCCAAUUAAAUUCGUUCCAGAAGAAACACCUAGAGAGUUACCUACACAAGGGCUUGUUAGGACAUAGGCAAAGCACAAAUAUGCACACAGCUACACUGCCGGAACGGCAUACGUUGUUCGCUUCUGCGGCGACCGUGUUUGGGGUAGGAGAUAUACACAGCUGGAUGGGAGAAAGAGUAUCACCUGCCGAUCGGAUCGACUUUGAGAUUCGGGAAGAAAGUUCCAACGACGAAGCGGCUGAGAGCGGUAUAUCGGCACCUGUUCGGCCGUUUUGUGUAGAUAAAUAUAUAGCUCAGCUGACUACGAAACACAAUCUCGGGCGGUAUAUAGUGUACGCGCCCAGAUGUGAAUCAACACACACACUGUGUCUAGAUGACUACCCGAAGUUAUCGAUCGGCUCCGUUGUUGUUGCUGAUAAGCAAGGUGCCUCCAAGGGAAGGGGGACAAAUGUAUGGGACUCGCCGCCGGGACAAUUAGCCUUCUCAUUUAAGAUAAUGAUCAAGCAUCCUUCGCAACUUGUAUGUAUGCAAUAUCUGGUUUCCCUGGCGGUGGUGAAGGCCUGUGAGGUGUAUAUGCCUGAGAGAUCAGUGAGGCUGAAAUGGCCGAACGAUAUAUACACAAAUGAUAAGGUGAAGAUAGGGGGCAUCCUAUGCAAUUCUGUGUACAACUCUGAAAAGAAGGAGUUUGAGAUUGUCUGCGGCGUCGGGCUCAAUGUCUUCAACGACCAGCCGACCACAUGUCUGGCAUCAAUGAUGUCACAUAUAUCAGACUUAGACCAGGGCAGCUUCCCUCCGCUGGAAAGGGAGGGACUCCUCGCGCACUUCAUGAACAUAUUCGAACGAGAUUUGGAGCUGUACCGCGUCAGAGAUUUCCAACCGUUCUUGCCCGACUAUCUGAAGAAAUGGCUACAUUCCGACGAGCGGCUGACAUUGCAAGCGGACGGAUUGACAGUCACUGUGAAGGUGUGUGGGGAAAGGAGAGAGUGGGAAUUCUCUACGGCACCGAUUGGUCUUUGAUAUCGAUCACAUGAUCACCAACCUCAUCGGACUUGGCAUACAUGUCUGAAAUUAUGAUAUGUACAUGUAUUGUGUAUCCCAACAUGCGGAUAUGUGAUGAGACUCUGGAUGUGCUCUUGCUUGUCUCCCAUUUUAUGUUUUCAAGAUUACGGUGUGAUGUGCAUUCAUUGUUCAUGCCAAUAUGUCAGUAUGUGACGAGGUCGGAUACUUUGAAUGUGGCAGUAUUCGUAUCCGGUUGUUCCUUCUACCUGACGUGUCUUCUUUGUUGAAGUUGCUGGCAAGGUGCAGUUUUCGGUUCAAAUUGUAUGGAAAACAAUUAUCACCGACUUAUACCUCAUGUUGUACUUGUUGUGCUACUAUCUUCGUAUACACCUUAUUUUCCAUUGAAUAGUUAUCAGUUCCUACCGUUUUUCCGUAUCUGCA